AUGGACUGCAAGCCAUCUUUUGAUGAUCUACAAGACUUUGACGAAGCUGAGAGGGGCUUCUGCUGUGCCCUAGAGCCUGGUAUCAUCAAGAAUAAGGCCGGAGAUGUUGUCUGGAACAUCGACCAAUACAAAUUCUUGGAUGGCGAAUGCCCAGAGACGGCGCACCCACACCUCUGGCGACAGGGCCAGCUCAACUCCAAGCAAGGAUUGUACAAAAUACAGGAUGGCAUCUACCAGACUCGAGCAUUGGAUCUUUCCAAUAUGACCAUCGUCGAAGGCAAAACCGGUAUCAUUAUCAUUGAUCCUCUGGUAUCAUGCGAGUGCGCAGCAGCCGGGCUGGACUUGUACAGGAAACAUGCCGGCAGCGAUCGGCCUGUGACUGGUAUGAUCUACUCUCAUUCUCACGGAGACCAUUACAUGGGUGCCCAGGGCGUGCUGCCAGAGGCUAUGCGGAGGAGGGCCGCAUUCAUGUACGGCAACGCCCUCCCACGAGCACCGGAUGCGCAGAUUGGCACUGGGCUGGGAAUGGCAUCGAGCGUUGGCACAACUUCACUCAUACCGCCGAACCUGUUGAUCCAGAAGACGGGCGAGGAGCACAUCAUCGACGGCAUCCGCAUUGUCUUCCAGAUGGUCCCCGGCACUGAGGCGCCAGCGGAGAUCAACUUCCACUUUCCUGAUCUCAAGGCACUUUGUGUACCGGAGACGGCCACAAAUUGUAUGCACAACAUUGUAACCUUGCGCGGUGCGCAGGUCAGAGACGCGCAAGCAUGGUCCGGCUAUCUGGACGAGGUGAUAGCAGAGCAGCUUCGUCUCCCCCCUGCGAUAUCGAAGGCCUGGCAUUGCAGAGGCUUCUACGGCUCCCUGAGCCACAACGUCAAAGGUAUAUAUCAGCGCUACAUGACCUGGUUCGACGGAAAUCCGGCUCACCUGUGGCAAUAUCCUCCUGCUGAGGAAGGCAAACGAUACGUCGAAUGCAUGGGUGGUGUUAAAGCUCUCUGCGACAAGGCCUCUACUUUCAUUGACCGAGGAGACUUCCGCUUCGCCGCGACACUGCUUGCGCACGCAAUCGCUGCAGAGGCCAAUUCUCCCGACCCCAGGGCAAAAGAGCUCCUGGCCAAGGCGUACGAGCGGCUGGGCUGGGGUGCUGAGAACGCUACCUGGCGCAACUUCUAUCUUACCGGAGCCCAAGAGCUCAGAACUGGCAAGAAUUCUGGGAUGGUUGCUGGGGGCCGAACGCCGUUGGGACCACAGUUAUCAAUCGCCCAGUGGUUCCAGAUCCUCUCGGUCCAGCUCGACGGUGAGCGAGCUGCUGAAUCGUCAUUCUCGAUCGGCAUCACUGUUCCCGACGCCGGAGAACAAUGGCAGCUCCUGGUGAGCAACGGCGUACUCAUCAGCCGUCAACUCUCACCCGGCGGGAAGAAGAAGGGUGUAGCGUGCCAGUCAGAUCUCGAAGUCACGCUCUCCCGAGCCGAGUUGCUCGAGGCACUACGGGGCAAUGGUUUGAAAGCUGAACAGCAGAGCGGCAAAGGCGAGCUGUGGAAUCAGUUGAUGGAUUUUGUAAAGACUCGCAAUCAGUCCAUGCGAGGACCGAGCCAGAUUUGA